UCGAACUUGGAUCCAAAUUUCAGACGAUUAAGAAUGACAGCGCGACUUUCUUUCUUCCUUAUCUGCUUCAUACACAUCUCCGAGACGAGCGCAAUGAGAAUUCUUUGCUAGCGUGAUUCGGAAAUGUCAUCACCACCAUUUUCUUGUAGAUUCAGAAGAUGGGUCGUCGUUUGGCUUGUGAUCCUGGCCUCGCUUGCUGGGGCAUCCGUCGCCCAAGCCAGCCGCCAUGGUCUUGCCAAGAAGAUGCGAUUGAGGGAGGAGGUCAGACAGAUGUUUUAUCAUGCGUAUGACAAUUAUUUGAUUCAUGCAUUUCCGCAUGAUGAAUUGAAGCCUCUCACGAAAAGCUUUACAGACUCUCUUAGUGAGCUUGGAAAUUUGAAGCUUGAGCAUCUGCCUGAGAAUUAUGGUGGAUCAGCAUUGACUCUUAUAGAGUCAUUAUCGAGUCUUGUUGUAUUGGGCAAUUACACAGAAUUUGAGAGAGCUAUUCUAUGGCUUGGCAAGCACAUUGAUUUUGAUGUUGAUGCUCGCAUAAGUUUAUUUGAGUGCAACAUACGAGUUCUUGGUGGACUUGUCUCUGCCCACAUUCUUGCAACUGAUUACAUGGAUAAGUUGGUCCAAAGAAAUUACAAUAACCAAUUGUUACAUCUGGCUGUUGAUUUAGGGGAGCGUUUGCUGCCGGCAUUCGAUACUCCUACUGGGCUUCCAUAUGCAUGGAUUAAUCUGAAGCAUGGAGUUAUGGAGAAUGAAACAACAGAAACAAGUACCUCUGGCUGUGGAUCUCUCAUCCUUGAAAUGGGUACGUUGUCAAGAUUAACGGGUGACUCUAGAUAUGGGGCAGCUGCAUUACGUGCUCUUCGUAAAUUGUGGAGCAUGAGGAGCUCUUUGAAUCUUGUAGGAACUACAUUAGAUGUACUGACUGGAGAAUGGAUUGAAUAUUCAACUGGAAUUGGGGCUGGUGUUGAUUCUUUCUAUGAGUAUCUUCUUAAAGCUCACAUUCUUUUCGGGAGAGAGGAGCUCUGGGACAUGUUCCUUUCUGCUUAUGUUGCUGCUCAGAAGUACUUCCGUCAUGGACCUUGGUAUCAUGAAGCUGAUAUGAGGACAGGAAAGGCAACUUAUUGGCAACUGACAAGCCUUCAAGCUUUUUGGCCUGGCGUUCAGGUUCUUAUUGGCGAUGUUGCAGCUGCAAAUUCGACACAUCGUGAGUUUUUUCAUGUGUGGGAGAAGUUUGGGGUACUCCCAGAAAGGUACCUGCUGGACCGGGACAUGUUGCAUCCUACGGAGAAAUACUACCCCCUGCGCCCAGAGCUGGCAGAGUCCACAUUUUACCUUUACCAAGCUACCAAAGAUCCAUGGUAUAUAGAAGUUGGCGAAACAAUGCUUAGAUCGCUUAAUAGUUACACAAAAGUUGAUGGAGGAUAUGCAAGUGUUAAGGAUGUGACUUCUAUGCAACUGGAAGAUCAUCAGCAUAGCUUUUUCCUUGCUGAAAUGUGCAAAUACCUGUAUCUUCUUUUCGAUGACUCGUUCUUGACUGACCGAAAUUACAUAUUUACUACUGAGGGUCACCCUCUACCUGUACGAAGUGCUUGGCAUGAGUGGCUUCCUGAGAUUUACUUGCCAACUGAGCUGGCUCCUCCUAAGUGUACGAAUCAAGGAGCAUGUUUGAGUGCAAUGUCACAGAAGCUUUGUCCAACAAAUCUGGUUUCGCCAGGGAAGAAUGAGGUGCCAGUGGAGAGUGUUUGCCAUGUUCUUGACUUUCGACAUGACCACAGGUGCGAAAGCAACAAUGAUUGUGGUAUUGAUUCCAUUACCUGCAGAAAGAGAACCUGUAGCUCUGCAGGCUAUUGUGGCUUAUGGUUGCUAUAAAUUUAAAAGUUAUGGCGAUUCUUUCUCUAUCACAAGCGUAGAAAUCGGGUAAAGGAAUGAACCUGGCAUUCAGCUUAGCUCUGCAGGCUAUUGUGGCUUAUGGUUGCUAUAAAUUUAAAAGUUAUGGCGAUUCUUUCUCUAUCACAAGCGUAGAAAUCGGGUAAAGGAAUGAACCUGGCAUUCAGCUUUGAUGCACUGAUGGAAAAUCAGUUCAGCUUAUUUUCACUGUUGUGCAGAAUGCUGGAACCAUGGCAUAGCUUCCGCGAAGUCUAACCUGUACAACUAUGAUGUUUUUUUUUCAUUCACGGAGGAAGAGCCCACAACUGAGUUGCUUCAUACGGAGAACUGUGUUCUUUGCUUCGUAGUGUCAUAUGAGGUCCUUCAGAACAUAAUAUCUUGUGUAUCAAAUUCAAUCCAUGCAUGAAAUGCAUUGACCAAAUCUUUUUCUACGAAAAGCUUCUCUCUCU